AUGGCCCAGGUCCCUGCAGAGGGACCUGAAGAUUUGUUGGUUAUAUCGGAGGAAGUCCUUCCUUCUUGGUCGUUCGGCGGUAUCCUUCGGGAUAACUUGUAUGCUGGACUGUUGGGAGGACUUUGCGGAUUGUUAUUCAUAUUAUUCUUGAAACAUCAGGAUGAAAAAUUGGCCUGCGAGACGGCAGUUAACUCGGAACUCAGGAUUCGAUGUGAGCUAGAAGUCUUGCAGGAUAAUGAUCUUCAUUUGGAAAAGGAACUGGACGAGGCCAAGGAACUGGACGAGGCCCAAGAGAAGAACAGCGACCUCCUCGAGGAGAAGGCCCAGAUGGCGAGAAAAGAGGAUGCUCUCCUGCAGAGGAUCCAAGAUCUGGAAAAGGAUUUGUCCAAUGAAAAAAAUUCCCUGGCUGAAGAGAUUCUUGAUCUAACACAGGAGGCUGGAAGGAACAUACAAGAAGCGGAAGAUACCGUUCAAGCUUUGAAGAAGGAAAAUAGAGUUCUAAAGAAGAUUAAUAACAAAACCGAAGACUUAAUUAUUAAACAGGAAGAGGAUAUAUGUUAUUUGAACGGCCUCGUUACUGCAAAGAAUUCAGCUUUGAUGAAUGACAGGCAGUGCAUUGAAGAACUGUACAAGAGAGUGAAAAAUCUUGAAGAGGAACGAAAGUCACUCCAAGAUCGCCUAAAUGAAUGUGAGGCUGACAAAGUAAAAACUGCAGAGGAAAUGGAAAAGAAGACAUCUAAGUUGGAAGGCGCUCUUGAAUUUCCUCUCAACGAAAGCAAGGAUCUUAUGAAAAUGAAGACAGGAGAGGAAGAACAGGAAAAAGAUGGCAAAUAUUUCAUAAGAAUAGUGGAUAAGGAAGUCACUGACUUAGAACAAAUAAUAAACAGCGCAGAAUCUGAUCUGGAAACUUUCAGACCACAGAUGAGCGAGGAGGUACAAGGAAAGGUCCUUGCAGCUACAGGGAAAGCCCGCCUCCUCAUCGCUCAGAAGGUCGAACAGUUUAGAGGCCUGUGUCAACAAAACAUUGAUGGGCCCAAAGGUGAAGAACCCACUAUAUUGGCUGCAGAUCUAGAAGGCUUUUGGGACAUGGUGUCCAUCCAGGUGAAAAAUGUACACGACCUUUUCAAAGAGGUCAGUGUUCUUAAAACUAAUGGUUGGAAAGAGGACCUAAUUACACAGACCAUUAAUAAUGUCACCAAAGGCCACGAGAAGAAGAAACCAAUGAAAGUUAUGAAAAAGGCUAUGAAGAGUUCCUCUCAGGAACAAAAGUCAAGAGACGAGGCCCGAAAGAAACUGCUGGAGGAAAGACGUAAGGCAAUGAAGGAGGCACUGAAAACUAAAAUAGGUCAGCCUGAUGCAAAUAGCAGCAUAGAUGGAGUGGAAAUUCUUGUGGCAGAAGAGAAAAUAACCCAUUUGCAGGAGAAUUUACCAGGAGAAAAAGAGGACGAGCAGGCAAAGCACAAUGAAGGUGGCCCAGGUAAUGAGAAAACAAAGGAUGAGGAAAAACAAAAGGAAGACCACCAUUUCUUACAGUUAGUUGACAAAGAGGUUUCUGAAUCACAAGGCCUCAUAUAUAAUGCUGAAUCUGACCUGGAAAACUUUAAACCAGAGAUGAGCGAGGAGGUUCAAGGAAAGAAGGAACGAAUGGACCAUCUGCAUUUGACUCACGAAUUGAGAGUCAAAUAUGAGAUGGAAUGGCAAAUUAACGAAUCGAAUGAAGAAGUAGGAGAUUUUGAUGAGAAAGAUACAGAUAAGAGGGACGAUAAUGAUCAACUAUCGAUUGAAAAAACUGUCCAAAUAAAUGAGUUGGCAGAAGAUGCAAAAGACUUUCAAGAGGAAAUCAAAGAAAUUGAGACAGAGAAAGACAACAUGAGGGCAGAGAUGAAAAGCCUUUCAGAAGAGAAUGGCAAGUUAAAAUCAGUCUUACAGGAAAACAGAAGGCGGGAAAGCCUACUGGAAGGACAGGUUAAGAGAUUAACCGAGGAGGUUAUGAGACUGAACGAAAUGUCUGAUGAAAAGAAAGAACAGGAGCCUUCUGAUGCCGCUGAACUGCAGCGGAUCAUAAACAAACAAGCUGAUCAAAUCCAAAGUUUGAGGAAGAAGGUCCUGGAGAUGGAAGAGGAGAGACGACAGCGUGAGGCCGAUUUCCAGGAAUGGGAAAAAACUGCCCACACGGUCAGGAAGGAGAACUCGGAGCUAAAGGUCAUCUUGAAGGACCUCAGUCGAAAAAAGGGACUUUUUAUAAAGUUUGAAGAACGUAACAAGGUCCUGGAAGAAGAAGUCAAAAACCUCAAAAGAAAAAUGGACGAGAACAGAAUGGAGAAGGAGAAAGAGAUCAGGUCAUUUUCAGAGGAAAUUCAGAUUCUUAGGAGACAGCUUACCGAAGAAUUGACAGUCUCCAAUAAAAUAAGGAAUGAAAAGGAUGCGAUGGCCCUCCAUAUUAAAAAACUAGAAACCGAGAAUGCAGAUUAUAUGAAAGACGUGGCCUAUUUUAAAGAAUGGUUUGUGAAGGACUACACAAAUCAUUGUGAGGAUGUGGAAGAUUGCCUAGACAAGUUCUUAGAGGCUUCAGACAGGCAUCAGUUGCUCCUGAAGGAGAAAUUACAACUGAUGAGACAUGCAAGAGACUCCGACGAAGUGGAGGUUAACGGAUGGCGAGUCUGCCCAAACUCGUCAGACUGA